AAGUACUGUUCCAUGACACGGCAUGGAUCGAGCUUUCUACAGUAGCUACUGGCUAGCUAUCGAGCUUUCGUUUCCCAGCAAGCUAGCUCGCUUGGCCCCUCUCGCCGGCGCUCUUCUCUAUAAAAAGGACUCGAUCGAGAGCUCCAACCACUCUCAAAAUUUACACCUAUAUCUAUCUAUAUUUCUCGUUUGUGCUCGGGCUAGCUCACCAUAUGCGUAAAAUUCUGUAGCCAAAAGGAGCAAGCAAACUAGGAGGAGGAUUAGUUCUUGCGCAUCGCUUCUGAGCUCGAUCUACGUCGUCCGGCCGGCCGGGAGGGAUCGAUCGAUGGGUCUGAGGGAGAUCGAGUCGACAUUGCCGCCGGGGUUCAGGUUCUACCCGAGCGACGAGGAGCUGGUCUGCCACUACCUCUACAAGAAGGUGUCCAACGAGCGCGCCUCGCAGGGGACGCUGGUGGAAGUCGACCUCCAUGCGCGCGAGCCAUGGGAGCUUCCCGACGUGGCGAAGCUGACGGCGAGCGAGUGGUACUUCUUCAGCUUCAGGGACCGAAAGUACGCGACGGGGUCGCGCACGAACCGCGCCACCAAGACAGGCUACUGGAAGGCCACCGGCAAGGACCGCGAGGUGCGCAGCCCGGCCACGCGCGCCGUCGUCGGCAUGCGGAAGACGCUCGUCUUCUACCAGGGCCGCGCCCCCAACGGCGUCAAGUCCGGCUGGGUCAUGCACGAGUUCCGCCUCGACUCGCCGCAUUCUCCACCAAAGGAGGAUUGGGUGCUUUGCAGGGUGUUUCAGAAGAGCAAGGGAGACGGCGAGCAAGACAACCCCACCAGCGCAGCCUCCCCGGCGGCGACCUUCGCCGGCUCGUCGCAGGCGGCGGUGCCUGGCCAAGCCGCGUACAGCAGCGACGACCAUACGGGCUCGUCGAUGGGAUUCGCGCCGAGGCAGAACGAGAUACUCGACAGCUCGAGCCAUCAGUUGCUGAACUUGGCGAUGCUGCAGUGCAACUCGGUUCUCGAUCAUUUCCCGCAGGAGGUGAACAGCUCGCCGAUGAUGGGGUUGGCAGGGUCCAUCGGAAUUGGGGAUGAAUACGGCUUCUUCUACGAUACCGGCUUCGAGGAGACGGCGAGCCUCGGGGGCAUGAGGUUCCCACAAGGGUGGAGUUGAUGCCAAUUGAUCGUGCAUGCAGUGAGAUCAUCGUGCCUGCGCGCAUUUGCGAAGGAAAAUGAUUGAAUUAAUUCCAUUGAUACAGUUAUUUCGUCCUAAAAAAAUAAACUAUUGCUACUGUAGGUAGUGUUUGGUUUAGCAUAGAACCUGCAUGAGAUGGUUCGGUCACUUGAACUGUAUAUAUAUUGUGUGAGUCAAAAUGUAUCGCUCUACUCGUAUGCAAGUUGAUACAAUCCAUCCCAAAGUUCCAGUUCAUAGAUCAAACGAUCUAUGAGCUAUCAAACUGGAUUUGUUGUUACAAAUUAAUGGCAUUUCCACUUGUUAAAUAGUUUUUUUUCCCUCCAUGUAUGCUAUGCUCUUUUUUAUUUGCAAAGUGGCCAUGAGUUUAAUAUAAAGUUUCUGUAAAGAAAAAUUUUACAGUAAUUAAGAAAGUACCUAUAAGUAUCUGUAAGUAAGUA